UUGAUCACAUCCUUGGAUGGUUAACAAGAAGAAACACAGAGAAUUUCCUUUUAAUGUCCUAUGAGGAGCUACAAAGGGACCUCAGAGGGAACAUACAAAAAGUGUGUCGAUUUUUGGGCAAACAACUGAAUUCAGAACAACUUGGAUCUACUGUUAAAAAUGUAUCCUUUUCAGUCAUGAAGGAUAAUACAAUGUGCAACAAUGUGACGGUAAAGAAUCCAGAAGAUGAGACUGACUUCACUUUGCCAUUGAUGAGAAAGGGCAUUUGUGGGGACUGGAAGAAUCAAUUCACUGUGGCUCAAAGUGAAGCCUUUGACAAAGUCUAUCAGGAUAAGAUGUCAAGCCUGGAUCCUAGUCUCUUCCCCUGGUUGGAAGACUGUUGAUUCCCCUCCAUCCCAAACAGGGAUUCCUGGUGUAGCCUUGGCUGUCCUGUAAUUCACACAUUAGGCAGGCUUGCCUUGAAACAAUAGAUCUGCCAACCUCUGCCUCCUGAGUGCUGGAAUUAAAGACAUUCACCACCACUGUCCCUCUGUUAGUUUUAAGAACUCUUGUUGUUCUCUACUCACACUUAAAAAUCUAUAUGUGCUUUUUUGUCUUGUCAUUUGGAUGCAAAUUACACAUCUGG